AUGGCUCGCAAGGGUGGAAAUAGAGCAAGAACUAGCGCGAGAAACGACGAACAGCCGUAUGGUUUGAACGAAGUGGACGAUUUCGCUGCUAAGCGGGAGAAGGUACUACUUGACCGUGCAGGACUAAGCUCGCAACUAGACGAAGGUGACGAUGAGGGACUUAUGGAUGAUGAGGACGAAGAACAAGUGCUGGGAGUUGAGUCAUCGGACAGUGGAGACAGCGAGGAGGGCGGGGAAGACCGGGAUGAGGAAGACGAAGAAUUGGAUGGCGAGGCAGCCUACAGACAGGUUUUUGGGCGUAAAAUGGAUACGCAUGGUGCAGAAGAAGAGGACGGGGAUGCCAUGUUGGAUAACGAUACUGCUUGGGGAUCUACCAAGGGUGAAUAUUAUGGUGCCGAUGAUCUCGACGACGACGAGACCGCAAAGGAGAUUGAGCGUGAGGCUUUGCGGCAACAACGCAAGCAUUUGGAAGACCUCGAUAUGAAUGACUAUUUGGACGAAGAAGUAGACCAAGACUGGGCACAAAGUGCCAAAAAAUACGCACUGGGUCAAUUUCAAGACUCUUCAACUCUAAAAAACCAAGAAGCUAUCACGACAAAGGCCAGCGACAUUUUCACCAUGGCACCAGAGGCGAAAGAAAGACUCCUGAAGACAUGGUGUCCGGAGUUUUUUCCUUUAUCAAAAGAAGUGGCGCAGCUGGCCCCACGUCUUGACGAACUUAAGGCUCAAGCACAGACGAAUGUUUGCAUAAGCCUUAAGGUUUCGGCUUUAUCGUCCUAUUUGGGAACAAUCACCUCUUAUUUUGCGUUGCUGUUACAGGAGCUUCAAGUGAAUGACGAGUUCAAAGGUAUGAAGGAUCACCCAAUCAUGGAAUCUAUUCUCAUGUGUAAGGAAAUUUGGAGGCAAGCGCAAGAACUACCAGACGAAAGUAUGGAAAUUCAACACUCGCAGGUGGACGACCAGGACAGCGAAGACGAGCAGUUACAAGAAUCUGAAGACGACGCUGCGUCAGAUCUAGAAACGUUGGACGAAGAGCUCUUGCAAACCCACGACAAGGACAAUUCUUCCGAGCCCAGUGUCCACGAAUCUGAUGAUGGUGAGGAACAAGACUCUGCUUUUGAUUUCGAUGUCAGCAAACCUCGUAUCAAUAAACCCAGCAAUGCCAAAGCUCUGCCAAGCGCAGAAGUGGACGAUUUUGUCGAGACAGAUGUCGCAGAUGUUGAUGCACAAGAGAAAAAAGCUCGUAAGAAGACGCUGCGAUUCUAUACUUCCAAGGUUGAUCAGCAAGAGAAAAAGAAGCUGGAUAGAUACACUGGUGAUGACGAUAUUCCUUACAAAGAAAGACUGUUCGAGAGACAGCAGAGGUUGUUGGAAGAAGCUCGCAAGCGCGGUCAAGCGGCUCCAGAUGGUACUAGAUUAGACUCUAAAGAGUACGAUUCCGAUGAUGAAAAAACAGCACAAGCAAUCAACAACGAAUCUUCGAGUGAUUACUAUGCUGCCGUCCAACAAGGUGGAUUUGAUAAAAAGAAGGCACGUCAACAAGCACAUCGCGAUGCUGUCUUGGCAAACAGAAGCGGCAAAUUGGCUGAAUUGGCCGGGGGAGAUGAUGACAAUACCAAACGCGCCGUUAAUUAUCAAAUAAUGAAAAACAAGGGUCUUACACCACAUCGCAGGAAGGACAACCGCAAUUCGCGUGUCAAGAAGAGAAAGAAGUUCGAUAAAGCCCAAAAGAAGCUCAAGUCUAUUCGCGCUGUUUACUCUGGCGGCCAAACUGGCUCGUAUGAAGGUGAAAAGACUGGUAUCAAGAAGAAUUUGACAAGAUCUGUCAGGUUCAAAGAGUAG